CAUUCAAACAAUUUUUGUAAUUUGAAACCCACGACCCAUUAACUGUUGUAGUUAAAACGCCAUUUAUUUUUUUAGAAGAAAAAGAAAAGCAAAAUAAAAUAUUUACAAGGAAUGAAAAUAAUUAUGAACAUCGUCGUUUUUCUUGUUAUAUUAGGGUAUAUAGUUUUGCCAGCUGCGGCCGAGAUUUGUCAUUACAAGAGUGAAGACCCUAAGAGGCUCCAGUCAAUAUCAUGUGAGCAUGGAUGUUGCGGGGAUCUGGACGAACAAAAAUGUUGUAAUGAUAUAAAUUGGUGGAUGAUUUUUGCCUUUAUAUUGGUGGGGCUAUUUAUCAUUUUUGUGGUCACUGUUUCAAUAUUCCUGAUUGUGAAACAGAAAAACAAGAAAAAAGAACAGGUUGGAACUCGUCAAAAUAAUGGAGGUUUAGACGAUCAGCCAAACAUGGUAGAUUUGUCCAUUUUCCGUACAGAAAAUAGUCGAAGAAGCAUUGAUCAUCCUCCUGCGUACUCGUUUGAUGACCAGCAAGCAGACGCCUGGGGAACUAACGGUCACGUGGAUUACCCGGAACACUUUACACCUGACAGAUAUCCUCGAAAUCAAAAUCCAUCGCGAUCACGUGAUGGUUAUACAGUGCCUGAAGAAUAUCGCGAGCAUGCGAGCCAUGCUGGACACGAGCCAUCGUGGAGAGAUACGGAUUUGUCUUACUUUGACACUUAUCUGGAACGUUCAAAAAAUCCUCACACUCAGUAUCCGGUCGCACUUCCUGCGUUAGGCAGAUCACAUGGUUAUUUAGAAGAUCACAUACCACCAAAAGAUGGAGCCGUGUACGAAGAACUACGAAUAUCUACACAACCAGAAUUUACAGCGGAAGUCACAUAUCGCGGUCAAACUGAUCAUCAUUCGACAGAACAUCCGAUUUUGGAACGGACAGACAGCUCUACUUUCCAUUUUAUGACGCGGAAUAAUUCUUAAAAGAAUUCUGUAAAUAAGCAAAAUGUUUUUAUGAAAACUCAUGAUUGGUGCAAAUAGACUAAGACUGUGAAUUUAAUGUGUACUACAUUGUGUAUUUUCUAACAGCAUAAUGCAAAUGCUCUUUUGCAACGUGGCAUAUUAAGUUUAUAUAUUAUUGCAUUUUAUUACUAUCAAACUAACAAAGAUUGUGUAAUACGGCUUUUUUAGAAGUCCGUACGAAUCAAUUGAUUUGUAUAAAUAUUACAUUUUGUUA